AUGAUGCUCUCAUCAGGACACCUGUGUAAUAUCAGGAAAUCUGUCAUCCAGAUUGCAGUCCACCCUGAAGCCAACUCUACUGAUCAGAUACUGACAGUGAACGCCUAUACAGAGACCAGCCAGCAGGCAAAGCGCCAAAAACAAGGAAAUAAAAACACCAUCCUGCUCUAUGCUGCUGUGAGAUUUGGUUGCAGCAAAAUCUCCUCAUUCCCUCCAGAAAGGGAAGCUGGCGACCGCCCAACGCCUGUGGCACUUUCGCCCCGAUUGACCCGAUGGACUAUCUUUUUAGCCGCCUACUCCUACAAACUGCAGCAUCGGCCAGGAAAAGAGUUGGGGCAUGCGGACGCAUUAAGCAGAUGCCCACUACCAGGGGCGAUCGAGGACCCCACUCCGGGGACGCCCAUACUGUUAAUUGACUCUCUGGACUCUGGCCCAGUCACGUCUAAGGAGGUGGCUCGGGCGUCAUACCGGGACAUUACUUUGAGAACUGUACUUGGUUGGGUACAAAGAGGGUGGCCCGCUGCGCCGGGCGAGCGUUUUAAAGAAUUUGUAAAGAAACGUGGGGAACUUUCGGCUCAAGGGGGGUGCCUGCUAUGGGGGGAUCGAGUGGUGAUCCCAGAAAAAUUGAGGAAAAGGGUGUUGGACCUCCUCCACGAGGGUCACCCAGGGAUCGUUAGGAUGAAGGGUCUAGCGAGAAGCUAUGUGUGGUGGCCCUUAAUGGACUCAGAAAUUGCUGAAAGGGUAGGGAAAUGCCAGGCCUGCCAGGAGUCCAGACCUCUACCCCCAACGGCCCCGGUUCGGGAAUGGGAAAGACCCCAAGGGCCCUGGUCUAGAAUCCACAUUGAUUUUGCCGGCCCCUUCCACGGCCAAACCUUCCUGGUAGUAGUCGAUGCCUACUCCAAAUGGCUGGAAAUCAUUCUCAUGAGAUCCAUGACAGCCGAGGCCGUGAUCUCAGUCCUACGGCACCUAUUUGUAACCCAUGGGUUGCCCGACACGUUAGUAUCCGAUAACGGCCCGCAAUUCACGGCAACCCAGUUUGAGGAAUACUUGGCAGAAGAGGGCAUCCGGCAUGCCCUCUCGGCGCCUUUCCACCCUGCGACGAAUGGCCUUGCAGAGCGUUUCGUCCGGAGCGCAAAAGAGGCAUUGUCCAGACUCAAGCCAGGCGACUGGCAAACAAAAAUAGAUGUUUUCCUGGCCGUCCAACACAGAACCCCCUGUGCCACAACCGGCAGAAGCCCAGCAGAAUUAUUAAUGGGCCGAAAGCUCAGGUGCCCACUAGACCGUUUAAAUCCAAACUAUACACCGGAGGGUUACAAGGGGGGACUCGAAAAAACAAGAGGGAUGGAAAUAGGCGACCGAGUGUGGGCACACAACUAUGGUGAAGGCCCGAUCUGGGUAGCAGGAAAAAUCCUAAACAUAACAGGUCCA